UCUCUCUCUCUCUCUCUCUGAAAAUCAAUGGCUUGUUCCAGCUUCUGUAUGACCUCUAUUCUUCUAUUGUCCUUGUUAAUUCUUGCCUCCGCUUCUGAUUAUUCAGGGUAUGAUUCUAAACCCAAAGACUACGAAGCACAGAAGCCAACAGAGGAAAAAGAAAAGCUACCAAAAUAUGAUCAAACACCAAAACCAGAAUAUAAGCAGGUGAAACCAGAAGAUCACAAGGUAAAGUUUUAUCCUACAAAACCAAUUAAAUAUGUUCAUCCAAAGGUACUGGAGGGAAAGGUAAAGAUUCUUCCAGUGAAACCGAAUAACUACGGCCAACCGAAGCCAGAAAGGAAAGAGAAGCUAAUUCCCAUAAAAAAACCAGAUCAUGAGCAGCCAAAGACAGAAGUGAAAGAAAAUAUUCUUCCCUCGAAACCAGUCUACGAGACGCCGAAGCCAGAAGAAGGAGAAGAAAAGCUUGUCCCUAAUUAUACAAAACCAUACUACAAAGAGCCAGUUCCAAAAGGAAAAAAGAAUAUACUUCCAAGAACCAUUGGUGUUCAAGGCCUUGUUUUGUGUAAAUCAGGCCUUAAAAACUUCCCUAUCCCAGGAGCUGUGGCAAGGAUAACAUGCCUAGCUGUUGAUGAGAAAAGCCAUAAGACAACUUAUUUCUCAGUUCGAAGUAAGGCAUGCGAUUCAAAGGGCUAUUUCUAUACAACUAUAUCUCCACCAAAAUCACUUGGCAUUAAUUAUAAUGAAUGGAAAAUCAAGGAUUGCAAGGCGUACCUUGAUCACUCUCCAUUGGAGGCAUGCAAAUUCUCAACCGACGUUAACAAUGGCGUUACCGGCCAUCUUCUCUCUUCUUAUAGCAUCCUCAGCCACAACAACGCCAAACUCUACUCCGUCGGACCUUUCUUCUACACUUCAGAACCUAAUUAUAAGACCCCAAUUCCUAAUGGCUAUUAAACAAUAUUGUUACGUUUAAUUUGUGAGUUUGAUUAUUUUGUCGCUAUAUUUUUUUGAAUUUUGAAUUGGGAGUUUGAGAAAAGAAGGGACGAGUACUUAUUAUUAAUGUUUCUUGUUUGUUUUUUUUUUUUUCUUGGGGGGGGUUGAGAAAAAAAGGG